CAUCCUGCCCCAUACAUACGUGCCAUUCAGCAUGCUCCUCCACAGCGGAUCCAGCCGGUCUCAUUAGAAUAUUACGUAACGUCUACGGAGGAGGCUGUCUUUAUAUACCGGGAGACACCCACUCUGCAGCACCACUUCUGCGGAAAAGCUGCACUCGGAAGGAACAGACACAUUCCACUUCGUGUUUCCACCUGUCUAGCUGAAGACUCAAGAUGUCCACCAAGGAGAAGCUGAUCAGCCAUGUGAUGAAAGAGGAGCCUGUUGGCAGCAGGAACAAGGUGACGGUGGUGGGUGUCGGCAUGGUGGGCAUGGCCUCUGCCAUCAGCAUACUGCUCAAGGACUUGUGUGAUGAGCUGGCCAUGGUUGAUGUGAUGGAGGACAAGCUGAAGGGUGAGGUCAUGGACCUGCAGCAUGGAUCCCUCUUCCUGAAGACACACAAGAUUGUGGGAGACAAGGACUACAGUGUGACAGCCAACUCCAAAUUGGUGGUGGUGACUGCCGGCGCCCGCCAGCAGGAAGGCGAGAGCCGUCUGAACCUUGUGCAGCGCAACGUCAACAUCUUCAAGUUCAUCAUCCCAAACAUCGUCAAGUACAGCCCCAAUUGCAUCCUGAUGGUGGUUUCUAACCCAGUGGACAUCCUGACCUAUGUGGCCUGGAAGCUGAGUGGUUUCCCCCGACACCGCGUCCUUGGCUCUGGCACCAACCUGGACUCCGCCCGUUUCCGUCACCUCAUUGGAGAGAAGCUCAACCUCCACCCUUCCAGCUGCCACGCCUGGAUCAUUGGAGAACAUGGAGACUCCAGUGUGCCUGUUUGGAGCGGUUUGAAUGUUGCUGGAGUGUCUCUGCAGGGCCUGAACCCACAGAUGGGCACAGAGGGUGACAGUGAGAACUGGAAGGCUAUUCAUAAAGAGGUGGUUGAUGGGGCCUAUGAGGUUAUUAAGCUGAAGGGCUACACUUCCUGGGCCAUUGGUAUGUCUGUGGCUGACCUGGUGGAGAGCAUCCUUAAGAACCUGCACAAAGUGCACCCUGUGUCAACACUGGUCCAGGGCAUGCAUGGAGUAAAGGAUGAGGUCUUCCUGAGCGUCCCGUGUGUCCUGGGCAACAGCGGCCUGACAGAUGUGGUUCACAUGACACUGAAGGCCGAAGAGGAGAAGCAGGUGCAGAAUAGCGCCGAGACCCUGUGGGGCGUACAGAAGGAGCUCACCCUGUGAAGAGCAUUCCUCUGAAUCCACUCCGACUCCCUCCUUCUGUACCUCCUGUGCCCCUUACUGCAGCAGGCGAAUGAAACCUCUGAAUGUCUAAAAAGGCCAAGUGUGUGUGUAGCUGAACUAAUGGAGGCGAUAUUUUAACUUUAGGUAUUCAAAUAUGGGUGUCAUUUCACUUUGCCGCUUCCCUUACAUCUUCCUCCCUCCAUGACUGAAUAUUUGGAAAAGCAACUGGUAUUUUAGCCUUCCAGCUUAGACUGUGUUGGAGUGAAGGUGUAUCUGUUGUUGUCUUGUCUACACGAGAAGAUUCGAUGUACUGUAAUGUUUCUGUGCACUGUUACUGCUUCUCUCUUUGUCUGUAGUUUGUAUUUAUUCUGUGAUUGUUGCCAGUUGUUUUUUUCCACUUGGUCAUCUCUUUAUAUUUUAUUUCGAGUAUAAUGGAGACAUUCCACUCACUAUGAGGAGGGCUUCCUAAGUCAUAAUAACACUGCUGCAAACAUCCCUUUGAUAAAAUCCUGUGAUACCAAAGUACCUUGAGUUUAUCAAUGCUACGUUUACUGGUUGGCAUUGAAGCCUUUUUAAACAAAUCCAACCACAAGUGCACUGACAGAAAAAUAUUUGAAAAGUCAAGGUUUAAAAUAAUGGUUAGAAAGGAGAAUUAGAAUACGGUUGCCAACAAAGUGACCUAAUUUAACUCAACUAAGAGAUAACGGAGAACCAAAUGGGAAAGAGUCAGCUACAAUCAUGGCCUAGCUUCAAGUUAGGAAUCAUAACAGAAAGAUCUUGAAGGUGUUUGAGUACGCACCAUAAAUACCCUCAAAGGGUUUUGUAUUUAUUUUACUUCACUCCGAAAAGGUCAUCAAGAGAAAAACAAAGGUAUUAUUUAUAUCUGUUAAUACAGUUAGGUUCUAUUUAUGUAUUAAUGUUACAACCUUAGAUAUGGUCUAUCUAUCAAUGAGGAAUUUUACCUGUCAUGGCAGCUGGAUAAUGGUGAUUCUUUUGCUGUAACAUCAAAUAAAUCUGCCUGGAUAGUGA